CGUUGAAGAUUCCAGUCCAAAAGUUUUAUUUUCGAGAGAGUAAGCAAUUUUCAGACGAAAAAAAAUGAGAGUGAAGACGUUGAUGUUGUUAGUUUUGUGUGUGACUAGUUCCACGGUGAAUAGUUACAAUAUUUUGGGUGUAUUGCAAUCGGCAUCAAAAUCACACUAUAUCAUUGGUCAUGCAAUAAUGAAAGCCCUGGCACAAGACGGUCAUCAUGUCACCGUUCUAACGCCGUUCAUAGAGAAACAUCCCAUUCCAAACUAUGAAGAAGUUUAUUUAGAACGCAGUGUUUCGGAUGGUUUGAAAGAGGUGCGCUCGGGGAAUUAUGUGAAUUAUAAUAAUUUACAUUUCUGGGAUUUGGCAAAAGCAACGUAUGAUGUCAGUACGAAUUGGACACGUUCAGCGAUCCGAAGUGAAAAUUUCCAAAAUUUCCUUCUUCAAAACCGUCACUUUGACGUAGUCAUUGUGGAGGUGUUUGUUGGUGAUGCGCUCCUCUCUUUGGGUCAAUAUUACAAUGCUCCAGUCAUUGGAUUUUCUACCACGGUUCCAUCAAAAUGGACCUCAGAUCUCGUCGGAUUGUCACCUUUCGCAUCGCAUGUACCGAAUAUUCUGUGCGGUUUCUCUGACAAAAUGAAUUUCUGGCAACGGGUGUACAACUCAUUGUCGUAUUGGUACGAAGACAUUGCCACCGAACUGUACUACAGACCGAAACAGCAGAAAUUCAUGGAAGCAAUUUGGUGGAAUCGAACUGAUGUUCCAACUUUCAAUGAAGUGCUUCAAAAUGUGCCACUCGUAUUCGUGAAUUCGCAUGUGACGUACGCAACACCACAGCCAUUGGCACCAAACCUCAUCGAAAUCGGUGGCAUUCAUGUGAAUGAAACUGCCAUCUCAUUAAACGAAGAUGUACAAACCUUUUUGAAUGGAGCUAAAGAUGGUGCCAUUUUCUUUUCGCUCGGAUCAAACAUCAAACUAUCGAAAAUCCCCAGCCGACAGAAGGCAAUCAUAGCGAAUGCAUUCGCUGAAUUCCCUAAGAUGAAAAUUCUCAUUAAAAAUGAAGGCCAUUUUCCAAUUCCCUCACAUAAUUCAUCUGACAUGGUUCUCGUCCGUGAUUGGUUCAAUCAGCAAGAAAUUUUAGCGCAUCCGAAUCUUAAGCUCUUCUGCACACACGGAGGCUUGCUCAGCACCAUUGAAACCGUUUAUUAUGGCAAACCUGCCGUUGGCAUUCCCGUUCUUUACGACCAGUAUCUGAAUAUGGCAUUGGCUGAAUCCAAAGGUUACGCUGUCACUGUAUCAUACGAACAGUUGGACGAACAAAAUUUGAAGUCAUCUAUUAGGAGUGCACUGAAAAAUCCAAGUUAUGCACGAACAGCCAAACUGCUAUCGGAACAAUUCCACGGCCAGCUAAAUACGCCGAUGAAAACAGUGAUUCAUUGGGUCAAACAUGUUGCAAAGUACAAGGGAGCGUCACAGCUACGCAGCACAGGCAUCGAUAUGCCAUUCUACAUUUACUACAAUCUCGAUUGUUAUGCUUUUCUCAUAUUCAUUUGCACUUCAGCCAUAUUCAUCGCUUAUAAACUUAUCAAAACCGCAUUCCGAGCGCUUUCACAUCAAGCGUCAAUUAAAAUUAAAACUUCCUAAACGAAAGCCAAAGUGGUUUCAACUUAAGUUAGAGCAAACUUAUGGGUGUGAUAUGAUUCGAUUUGUAUGUUCGUUCCGAAGAUAUCUUGAUCGGUUUUGUAAAAUUUAUUUUAAAUUAUAUAAACAAUAAAUAUAAAAAUAUGAAAAGCAGUUGUAAUUGUUGUCAAAUCAAAGCAGUGCGUAAUAGCGAAAAGAAUACAAAAACUCAUCCAAGUAUCAGGUUCACUUUAUCAUCAUGCUUAUUAUCCUGUGAUUUCACGCACAUCACUGUCAAUUUAUAGUUGGGAGCAAAACAAUGGAGAGAAUUAUCAAAACAACAACAAAUGAGUGACGCAAUGAAACCUAGGGGCAUUUCUCACUUAAAAAAUGGGACCAUUCCAAUAAAUAUUGAACAAUUUCUUCCAUUUCUAUCAAUUCGGGUAAAUGGAUCAACAUUUACACUGAAUGUGUGAAAUACGUUCGCAG